AGCUCCACUGCUGCUCUUGGCUCUUUUUUUCCACCAGUGUGUGUUUCACUAUGGCGAAGGAAUAAACAAAUAGAACGCAAUGGAUACGCAAAACAGCGGUAACGGUGAACGCAUCUUCUCCGUUAGUUAGUGACUAACACUCGUUAGUAAUAGUCCAGUGACUGGUGAUAGGUUUUCAGCAGGGUGUACUCUCCUAUUUUUUAUUAGUGUGGUCGGGGACACGGAUGCUGUCAGUGCGAACAGCGAUGAAAAGAGCGAAAAUAGUUCGCUUGUCCACACUGAACACCUCAGUUGAAGCAGCCGGUGACACAGGCUAACCGUUAGUGAACGCUCUCUUCUCGUUUUAACGGUUUUUCUCGGCUAAAAGAAAAAUGAAAAGAGGAGAACGCUAACACGGCGACCGUUAGCUAAAAAUAACAGUUUUCAUUCAGAGAGGUUUUAUUUUGCUUGUGGUUUUUUUUUUAUUUAAGUCGAGUUGACCCGUCGUUUGAAAAAAAUGUUGACUGGAUCUAAAACCACGUUCAAAGUGAGACAAAUGCUCCCAGAUAUCAAGGUAGCAUUGAGGACUUCAUUUCACUGUGAGCUCCUGAUUACAUUCAAGGAGAGGAUGCUGAGUCAGAGUGGGGUGAACGCACGGAGUCGAGAUGUGUUUGGACUACGCUGUCUACCGGGCGAGUGUGUACUUCAGAGAGCUGUUAUGGUGAGGAAGAAGUUGACUGCCAGGGAAGGAAGAGGUUGGUUGUCUGGGACCCUCUUCUGUACACACUUCAGAGUGGCCUUCGUGCCCCAGGACAGUCCAAAACCUGACGACAAUGCAGACCCAGUGCUUUUAGGAGAUCACGAUGUGGCUUUGGCAUCCAUAGAGAAGGUUGUGGUUGUGGGCCCAAACAGAACUAAGCUGGUGACUCCAAACUCCUCACUGAAGUUCACUCCAGAGGAGCUAGUGCUUUACUGUAGAGACAUGCGAGUCAUCUGCUUCCUGUUUGACCGCCUUACUCCUGACGCACAGGUCAUUGAGAUAACCUACACCAUCGCUAAGACCUACCAGCCUCUGAAACCAGGGUCAGUUUUAUCUUUCCAGAACGCUGCCCUCGGGAGUGUAGAAAUGAAGCAGUUUCUAAGCAACCGUCGCCGAGACUCCCACAUGAACUGGUUUGAGUCUUCCUCAGACUGGGAGCAAGAGCUGGAGAGAUGUGGGGCCAGUGGCUGGAGAGUCAGCUCAGUAAACGACCGCUUUGAGAUGUCCACCAGUCUGCCUCGGUUCAUCGUGGUUCCACAGAAGGUUCUAGACACUGAGCUGAAGAAAAGCUUCGCCCAUUUCAAUGAAGGACGCAUCCCUCGCUGGUGUUGGCGACACCCCCGAGGCAGUGAUCUACUGCGAAUGGCCAGCUUCCAGAACAAUAUUUAUCAUGAGAAAGAUGACAUCAGAAACCUGGAGAUGAUCCUGUUCGGUUGCCAGUCCUCUCUGUGUGUAGUGGUAGAGCUGGGCGAGGAGCUGCCCUCACCUGCCGACAUCCAGCUGGCACACAGCCGCCUACGCGCCCUCUGUCUGGGAGAUAUCUCCACAUCUGUGUCAGUGCCUGAUGACAAAUGGUUAUCUACUCUGGAAAGCACCCACUGGCUAGACUACACAAGGUCCUGUUUGAGGAAAGCUUCAGAGGUAGCCUGCUUGCUUCGUGGCGGACACCUGACUGUGGCACUGCAGGAGGCAGAGGACCGGGACAUGAGUUGCGUGGUGUCCAGCCUGGUGCAGGUGAUGUGUGACCCCCACUGUCGGGCCCAGCAGGGUUUCCAGAGCCUGGUGCAGAAGGAGUGGGUGAUGGCUGGCCACCGUUUCUGCAGUCGCAUCAACUACCACCGGGACAAUGACAAAGAGGAGGCUCCAGUCUUCCUGCUCUUCCUAGACUGUGUCUGGCAGCUCUGGUCCCAGUAUCCCUCUCGCUUCCAGCUGACAGAGGACUUCCUGUUGGCUCUGCACGACAGCAUCCACCUACCACUCUUCUCGAGCUUCCUGGCCAACUGCCAGCGAGAGAGAUGCAAACGCUCCCAGAACCUUGGGCAGUCCUACACACCUGUCAAUGGCUGGAGAGAUGUGCUUCAUCCGGAUUCUUCCUCAGAUCCAUCCGACCCUCCUCUGCCCUCAGUGUGGGACUGGGCCCUGCAGUACAGCAAACACAGACGAGACCGUUUCACCCAACCUGUCCCCCCAACCCCUCCACUCCAACCGCUGCUCAAUGGAAACCUCAACACCAACCCAGACACACACAGGCUGACUGACACCAUCCCUGGCUCAGUCUUCCUCCUCUCUCGAGGCACUUUCUCCUGUCCUGCUAACCUGCUUCCUUGGCGCAGCAGCAGUUCUGGUGUUUACAAGAAGAGCCACCGGAGGGCGCCAUCCUCCGAGAAUGUGCCCGGCCUGGAGAGGCUGCUGAAAGCUUGGGCCCUGACUGAGUUUCCCCAGAGCCUCACUUCCACCUCUGGACCUCAAGGGCCUCUUGACCCUUACGAGCCCUUACUGCCCCAUCUUAUGGGGCCCUGCAUGGGCCUGUGGAGGGAGUGCUACCUCCGGGGGGCGCUCCAUGCACAGGCGUUCUCCCACCCAAUCUCGGCCAACCACCCUCACCCUGUGGAGCGACUUGCCAGGGAGGUGCAGCAGCUCAAAGACAAACUAGAGCAAGUGUCCACCAGCACGGAUCCGAACCCGCCCGCCAAGGCGGCUGAUCCCCGGCAGACCCACACCAACCUUAACCAAAACACCAACAAUGGCACCUUCCUCUUCCCAGCAUCGAGGCCUCAGGGCACGGGUGUGUCCAGAGCGGCACCCCCUCCUACCUCCACCAACCACCAGACCUCCAGGGGCCCUCCGCCAGCUUCAGCCCCGCCAUCCAGGCCCAGCCACAAGGACAAUGGUGGCAGCAGCAAGCACACCUUCCUGUUUGGGCACUCUUCGUCAACAGAGGCCCGUCCCGACCAGCGCUACUACACAGCACCCAGUAACGCCAAGCUGCCUAAGAGCAACGGAUCGAUAGCUUCCUGAUGUCCGACCUUCAUCUUUACUGUUCUUAUAAAUGAUACAGACGGAACCCUCUCUAGUAUCAUGUCCCAAGGAGACCCAGGCAUGUGUUUCCUGUCAAACCCCAUUUGAUAGACUGCAAGGUGAAAAGAAGCAUUGAGAUGGAGCACAGUGAACAGCAGUAGUAUGAAAUAAUUAGUGCAAGAGCUCUUUACUCUGCUACUUAUCGUCUGUACUGUAUUAAAAAAUGUGACAACUGUUUUGUAUAUUUGUAAAAACAAAUCCUGGGAUUCAAUAUUCCUUUAAUGAAAUAUAUCUGAUUGCAUAGAAGCAAAAAGAAAAAAUGAAUAAGGGCUGAAGAUACUUAAUAAUGUGUUACCAAAAAAAAAAAACUUCAUAAGCACACCUUCAAGUAGAAACUGUCAUGACACACUUUGCAAACGUCACGUCACCCUUCAAGAAAGAUGGAAAGUUUGUAGUUUCCAUUUUAAGCAUCUUAUCCUAUAUGGGUUACAGUGACUGGGCAGGACACAGAUAGUGGUGUCAUAAGGUGGCUCCUGGGGCCGGUUUGACAUGACAUAGUGAAGUGAGUGGACACACAUCAGCUUUUCACCUGUGACCUGUCCGACAAUAAGGCUACAUUUAUAUCUUUGUCACACCAACGUGCGCAGAGAUACAUCCAUUUCCUGUUUCAGCUCAUAGAAGAGUAGAAAAUAGUUAUGAAAAAAGAUCAUCUCUGAAAACCGGCAUUUUUGAACUCCAAGUGCUGUGACCAGUGGCUUUAAUGUGGAAUUUAGGGCAUGAGAGCUAUUUUGGUACUGCUCUCAUAUCUCUCCACUUGCAUGCGUGCUCGGGAGCAGCAAGAGGCCUACAUUCAGUUCAGUGUUAUGUUAGCCUGUAUGUGUCUGGAUGUGGCCGCAGUCACUGAGUAUUAUUGCAGUAUAAUUCAGCUCCCUGCAUGACUGAGAUCAUUUCAGGGCUUCAGUUAUAUAAUCUUAUCUAAAUUUUAGUCUCUCUUUCAAGUAUUUUUGACCAUUCUGGGUCCAUUUUUGAUGUCAUAAAUGUAGAUGUGUGUGAUUUCUGACCAAAUUUAGUAUUAUUUCUGAGAAAUUCUCCACCGUUUUGGUGGAAUUGUAAAAGAAAAAACAUUAUUCUGUCCUUUUUUAAUUGCCGUACCUCAAGAAGGUACAAAUGUUGGAAGCAAAGGGACGCUUAUUUCCUCUUCUUUAUUUCCUUUUUUUGUCCUGUCUGGUGUAUUAGUAUGCAGCCAGCAUUUAGGUCAAGGACUUGGAAGUGUCUGACUGUGUUUAAAUCACAGAGGGAAGUAUCUGGUCCUGCGCCUUUAAAUCCAAACAGGUUGUCGUUCGCAUGAUGUGGGUGUCAAGUAGAUGUACUGGCGUCACUCCCACGGACGAAUGAGUUUACCGUUAUGUUUUUUUUCUUUUGAAGCAUGUUUUUCUUUAACAGUUUAAGGCAAGAUAACGGUUGUCAGAUGUGACUGACGCCGACUUUCUCUCAUGUCAAAAGGUACCUCACUUGAUAGCACUAUCAAUUAUUAAAUUGUUGUAAAUAUUCAUCACAUCAAUAUUGAUAUCAGCUACAAUUUCAGAGCUUUCCAGGUGUGAUGCCAAUGCAUUUGCUUGCCUUCCAAGGAAGAAGUAAAUACGAGUCUUUGGUCUUGUUGCGUGGAAAAUCUAAUCUAAUCUGCUUACACCUGUUGGUGUGUAUCCUAGUAUAAUUUAAUGUUUUUGGUACGAACUUCACUUAAAUUUUGCCAGAUGUACAUAUUUUUUGUAUCAGCAUGUUUAGAUCCUGAUAAAUAAAAAGUGUUAUCAGUUCAUAAA